AUGUCUGACCAUCAGGAUCAGCAGAAUCAGGGCCUUCAGGCCCAAAGAGAGGUGCAGAAUCCCAGGGCUCAGGAGGAGGAAGCAGCUGCCUCCUUCUCUGCUGGGAUCCCAGGCCCCCUGGAGGAGGGGGCAGCUGCUGCGGGAGCCUCCCCCGCCAGUGGUGAAGGGCACCAGCCUGAUGAGGGCUCCAGCAGCCAGGGAGCCGAGGGGCCAGCCCCCCCCCAGGAGCUGGAAGACCCCGAGGUGCUGCGAGAUGCCCUAGAAGAUAAGAUGUCUGAUUUGAUCCAUCUGAUGCUCCUCAAGUAUCGAAUCAAGGAGCCAAUCACCAAGGAAGAAAUGAUGAGUAGUGUUGUCCAACAAUACGGAGAUCACUUCGCUGAGAUCUUCAGGGAAGCCACCGACUGCUUGGAGCUGGUCUUCGGUAUCGAUGUGAAGGAAGUAGAUCCGCCCAGCAACUGCUACAUCCUUGUCACCUCCAUGGGCCUCAGCUACCAUGAGGAGCUGGAUGAUGAGAAUUGCCUGCCCAAGGUCGGCCUCCUGAUAAUCAUCCUGGGCUUCAUCUUCCUGGAGGGCAAUAGUGCCCCAGAGGAGGUCAUCUGGGCAGCACUGGGCAUGAUGGGGGUGCAUGAUGGGUGGGAGCACUUCAUCUAUGGGGAGCCCCGGCAGCUCAUCACCCACCACUGGGUGCAGGAAGGUUACCUGGUGUACCAGCAGGUGCCCCAGAGUGAUCCUGCGCGUUAUGAGUUUCUGUGGGGUCCAAGGGCCCAUGCUGAAACUACUAAGAUGAAAGUCCUGGAGUAUGUGGCUAAGAUUAAUAAGAGGGAUCCCAGGUCCUUCCCAUACCUGUAUGAAGAGGCUUUGAGAGAUGAGGAGGAGGAGGAGUAA